UGUUUUGAGUUACAGUAAGUCAAUCAGAUAUAAAAUAUCUCGAGCAACGAUUUUACCAACACAUUUUCAACUUGAUAUCUUUCAUGGCUUAUUUCAUUAAAUUGUAUCAUAUAGAUAUUUUAUUUGUGUAGUUUUGUGCAUCAAUCCAAGAUGGCAGCGUCCAUGGGGAAGUUUGUUUUCUUUUUUUUCAUUUACUUUUCUUCGGUUUUCUUAGUAAUUUCGGGAUCUUUUCGAAAGGAUAUAUAUUCAACGAAAACAGCUUACUCGUGGGUCUACGAUACGAACAAAAAUGUUGAUCUAAAUGAACAGAUGAGCACGAAAUUCGGGAAUAAAACUUGUGCUGCUGUAAAUGUUCAAGCUUUUCUCAGACACGGUGCAAGAUACCCUGGAUACAAAGACAUUAGAAAGAUGACUGCUCUUCACGAAAAGCUUAAACUUACAGUUAAAAGUCCAGAAUACCCUUUCUUAAGAAAAUGGGAGAAUGACUUUCCUGAAAGUGAAGAAAAACAAUUGGUUGAUGAGGGUGAAGAAGAGCAAUAUUUGCUUGGGCAGAGAUUUGGCAAACGUUUAUUGCAGCUUUAUGGAGAUAGCAUGAAAAAUGUAAAAUUUAUAUCUUCAAGCAAGGAUCGUUGUACAGAGAGUGCUCUUUCAUUCUAUGAAGGAUUGACUGAAAUAGUGUUACAUGAAGCCUUUGACGAUCUCAAGCCUAUAAUUAAUGACGAAAUUCUAAGGUUUCAUACAAAGUGUGGUAAAUUUAUUGAGGAGGUUGAAAAUGACAGAUCACAUAUGAAAUUUCACAAAAAGUUUAAGAUAAGUAGUGAAAUGAACAAUGUUGUAGACAGAGUACGAAAAAGAUUAGGGGUUGAACAUGCAACACUUAAUGCAGGUGAACUGAAACUGAUUUAUUUCUGGUGCACCUUUGAGAUGAUCAUCUUAGAAAAAGAUGACUGGUGUCAUCUUCUCACCGAUGAAGAUAGAGAGGUCAUAGAAUAUCACAAUGAUUUGAAGCAAUAUUGGAAGAAAGCAUAUGGACAUCCUGUGAUUGCAGAAAUGGCCUGUCCAUUGAUGACAGAAAUAUUUGGUGCACUUGAUAAAGUCAUAGCAAGUCAACUAAAUAACAGGAAUCAGAGAGGAAAUGUUGCAACCUUCUAUUUCGGUCACACAGAGAGUUUAGCACCCCUGUAUGCUGCCUUGGGUCUGUUCAAUGACACAUCACCUCUUCUAGACUCCAAUUUUCAUGAAAUGAAAGAUAGAGUGUUCAAAUCCAGUAGAAUUCUUCCAUUUUCUGCAAAUAUUGCCAUGGUGCUAUAUAAAUGUGAUUACGAAACUGAACCAGAACCGAGUGUUAAUGAUUUUGUGUUACGCUUUUAUGUGAAUGAAGAGCCUGUUAUCGUUCCAGCAUGUGGGGACUAUGUUUGUAGUUACAGUAAAGUUAGAGAUAUGUAUACCCAUCAUGUUGAUCGGUGUGAUUUUGAAAAUGUCUGCAGAACUAAGGUACAUGAUGAAUUGUGAUGUAAUGUAACAUGUACCUCUUUACAAAAUUUUGCAUUUUUUCCAGAGACAUAUACAAUAAUCUUACAUAUUUUUGAGGUUGAAGCAUAUAUUCAAUAGCCUGUAUAACAAUACCCUCUGAAUAUAUUGCAGGCCCGAUAAAAAUCUUUUUUAAACCAAUGAUUGUGAUGCCACUUUGUACAAGACACAAAUUCUUAACAAUGUCUGUAUAGCUGUGAACUAAAAGAGACUGAAUCUGUACAUCUAUUUCUUUGAGUUGAUGCCAUAAUUUCUAAAACUAUUUUACACAUAUUUAUUUACAAUGAUAAAAUAAUUUUAAUUUUAUUAUGUUUGUAUGUCAUGAUUAUAUUUGCAUUUAUUUUAUUACCAGUGCUAUUAAGAAGUAACAGCUAUGCAUUAUAUUCUCAUAAUUUAUACUAAAACUAAAAAUCAUUUUCAAAUGUAUUUAAAUUACCUCUGCAAUACAUAUUUGUGAUAUACAUAACAUGUCUCUAGUGUAUGAUACAUGUAUAUUCAUAGGUACAAUUUUUAGCUUGACUGUUCUGACAGGUAAAUAAAAUUAUUAUUUUCUUUAAAUGAUCCAACAAAUUAAAGUUGAAAAGAUGUUGGUUUGGUAUUUUGAACAGUUAUCUAUAUGUAAAUAAUAAAACUGGUAAAGCUGAAAGUUUGCUUUUAGCUGACCUGAGCAUGAUGAGCUAUUGUGAUCACGCUGUAUCCAUCUUCCAUCCUUGUGUGACCUUCUACCAAGAUUGUUCAAAUGAUUUAGAUUUGUCUUAAAACAUGGCAGUCACUUUUUAGCUCGACUAUUCGAAGAAUAGGGGAGCUAGCCUACUCGCGUCGGCGUUAGCAUGAGCGUCACACAAAUGUUAAAGUUUGCGUCCCACCCCAAAUAUUUUCAAAGUCCAUUGAGAUAUUGCUUUCAUAUUUUGCAUACUUGUUUACCAUCAUGACCCCAGUCUGUGUAAAGGAGGAGGCAACUGUCAAGCAUUUUCGCUGAAUUAUGGCCCCUUUUCGACUUAGAAUAAGCUUAUUGUAAUGUUAAAGUUUGCGUACCACCCCAAAUAUUUUCAAAGUCCAUUGAGAUAUUGCUUUCAUAUUUUGCAUACUUGUUUACCAUCAUGACCCCAGUCUGUAAAAAGGAGGAGGCAACUCUAUCAAGCAUUUUGACUGAAUUAUGGCCCCUUUUCGACUUAGAAUAUGCUUAUUGUAAUGUUAAAGUUUUACUCAUAGCUUAUAUUAUACUAUCAAGCACUGAGAAUAGUCGAGCGCGCUGUCCACUGACAGCUCUUGUUCCCUAUAUGUUUUUAUUGGAAAAUUUAACAAUGUUCUAGUCAGAAACAGCAGGCCCAAUUUUAAAACAAUUUUACACAGAUAUUUUUUGGAUAUUUGGUGCAUGAUAUCAGGGUUUUACUGUCUACUGUAAUUGUUCAAAUUGUUGCCCUAGGUCUAAAACUAGCCAUGCCCAUGUGAGUGACAUGUAUAUAUAUAUAUAUAUAUAUAUAUAUAUAUAUAUAUAUGUGUGUGUGUAUGUGUGUGUGUAUAUAUAUAUAUAUAGGCAGAUGCAAAAGAAACUGUGAAUAUCUUCUUCUCUGGAACCAUAAGAGCUAGAGCCUUGAUAUUUAUAUAAAUCUAACUCUGUAUUUGUACCAUUACCUUAUACCCUUUUACACAGUUGAGUGCUUUAUGGUGAAUGACCCUCUUGUUUAGAUUUUCUGGUUUCUGUCAUUUUUGGUUUGACAUUUUAUCAAAUAAGAUUGUAUUAGUGUUUCUUUAAAAUAAAAUUGCUGAAUAAAUUCUUGUGCUUAAUGAUGAAAAAAGAUACCCAAAGUCACCAAUAUAUAGAAUCAGUAUUUUUAAAUGUUGGCCAGUGAUAUGCAUUUUUAUAUCCCCUCAAAAGAAGUUUGGGGGUAUAUAGGAGUGAGCUUGUUGGUCCGUUGGUUUUUGUGGUUUCCGUACAAUAACUAAUGAAUGGCUAGAUAGAUUUAAAUACACAGGUGUAACAUCAUAAAAUACAGGACAAGUUUGACUUUGAGGUCAGUAGGUAAAGGUCACAAUGACCCGAAACAGUUAAACAGUUUCCGCAUGAUAGCUUGAGAACGUUUGGGCCAAGAAUCAUAAAUUUUGGUACACAGGUAUAACAUCAUAAAAUACAGGUCAAGUUAGACUUCGAGGUCAUUAGGGGCCUAGGAUCAUGAAAGUUGAUAGGAAGGUUGGUCAUGACCUGCAGAUAACACCUAUUGAUUUUGAGGUUCGACUUUGACAUUGGCUUACUUUUGUGACAAGGCCGUAUUGUGGGGGUAUAAUUCGUCACUCCUGUGACAGCUGUAGUUUUAUGACUGAUGCUUAUCAAAACAUGUACAUGACCAAUUCUUCAUUAUCUUUCGAAUCUCAGACUUUUGUUGUAUUGGGCACAUUUUGUUUAUGUUUUUGACAGCAGUGAAUAUGGAAGUUAUUUCUGUUAACAUAAUAAUAAUUGUAUUUACCAUUUUAUUUAAUGUUGUAGAAUUAUAAUACUCAUUAUGUAUGUGCAUAGAAUGUAUUCAACAACUGAAGUGUAAAAAAUGAAUGAAUAUUAUGAAAUUCAGUGUCCAUUAGUAAUCAAAACUUUUUAUAUUUAUUUUGAUUUUUAAA